GCUCCAGUGAAGGGUUCCUUCUGCCAUGUCUCUGACACCCGACGUGCUUUGGGCCCAGCGCCCUGAUGGGGUGUACCUCACCAUCGACCUCAACGAGGCUCAGGACAUCAAGGUUAGCCUAGAUGCAGAGAAGCUGACGUUCUCCGGCAAGGCCCACGGGAACUGCUACGAGUUCGACAUGGAUUUUUUUGCGCCGAUCGUCAAGGAGGAGUCCAAGUGGAGUACCAAGAGACUAAUCGAGUUCUACCUGAAGAAGGAGAAGGAGGGCACUUGGACGAACCUCAGCAAGAAGAAGUUGCCCUGGGUGAAGGUGGAUUGGAAGAGAUGGCAAGACUCGGACGACGAGGCGGAGGAGGGAAAGAAAGAUGCAUGGAAUUUGGACGGUCUAGGCGACAUGAACUUCGGGGACACCGGGGAGUUCGACUCCGACGACGAGGAGCUACCGGCGCUGGAGCCUGAGGAUGCAGGCGCUGCUCCAGAACAGAAGGGCGCCAGCGGGGGCGACGCACCCAAGGAGAAGGCAGAGACCGACACGCUGGACUGAGACGUUCGCGACGAUGUUGCGGCGACGUUUCGGCUCGAGCUAUGGCACCAAAGAAGGUAUUGCUGUGGA